AUGAUUCUUUUUGGUGUUUCUAUUCGUUUUGAGGUGGUGAUUGUGCUUUUGAGCUUCUUUGCCUGCACUUUUAGGGCUGGCGUGCAGGAUAUCCUUCUCUUUAUCAGGACAUCUACUGACGUGAGCUUUCUGAUGCAUUUUUUUGUAUUAGUGGCACUUUGUCUUUCCAUUAGGAUUGGAGCCAUCGAUUAUUUAUGUGUUAUUUUGCGUGUUUUGGAGGGAAUUUACCUUGCGAUUGAGUGUGUGCCAGAUUGA